CAUUUGGGGGGAUAUCUGUCCCGUCCUGACAUUUGGGGGGGAUAUCUGUCCCGUCCUGACAUUUGGAGGGAUAUCUGUCCCGUCCUGACAUUUGGGGGAUAUCUGUCCCGUCCUGACAUUUGGGGGGAUAUCUGUCCCGUCCUGACAUUUGGGGGGAUAUCUGUCCCGUCCUGACAUUUGGGGGGAUAUCUGU